CAAUUACCGGCUGAAAAUCGAAAACAGCGGCAAGCAUGCGGCGUGUGGACGAGAUGUCCGCGCCUUGCCAUCGUGCGGCGUUUUAUCAAAAUGCGCUUUUGAAGGUUUACCAUGAAGUCGGUGUCAUUGUUGGCCACUGUUUCGCGAAACUACUUGCGACCACUUGCUCCUGGACGCUGUAAUAUUCGAGCCGCUCAAUUUCGACCAGCAACCACACAUUUUGGAAACGAACAGGUUGAAGAAGCUGAAAAAGAAAAGCGUGUCCAUCACGUGUUUGCUAAUGUUGCCAAUAAGUAUGACAUGAUGAAUGACGCCAUGAGUCUCGGGAUUCAUCGGCUAUGGAAGGACUACUACGUCAGUGGUUUGCCGAUAGGACCCACUACAAAGAUCGUCGAUGUCGCUGGAGGUACGGGCGACAUCGCUUUUCGCUUACAAAGACGUCUUGGUACUGGAGGGAAAGUGACUAUCGUGGAUAUAAACCAGAACAUGCUUGACGUUGGACAAGAACGAGCGCGAAAAGAGAGAAAUGUCGUCACUUCAAAGCUGGAAUGGGUUUGCGCAAAUGCAGAGAAACUACCAUUUGACGACAACUCGUUCGAUCUCUACACCAUAUCAUUCGGUAUUCGAAAUUGCACCCAUGUUGAUCAGGUAGUUGCUGAAGCUUUUCGAGUGUUGAAGCCCGGUGGCCAUCUUGCCGUGUUGGAGUUCAGUGCUAUCAAUCCUAUACUUCGCCCGUUAUAUGAUGCAUACUCUUUCAAUGUCAUUCCAGUCAUGGGAAAGGUAUUGGCUGGGGAUUACGAUAGCUACAAAUACCUUGUUGAAAGUAUUCGCAAGUUUCCAUGUCAGGAAGACUUCGCAGCAAUGAUACGACUCGCAGGCUUCGAUAUGGUCUCUUAUGAGAACCUCUCUUGUGGCAUUUGCGCAAUACAUAAGGGAAUGAAACCACUGAAAGCGGCCAAACAAGCUCACUUUAUGGCGGCGGCUCCUCCGGUCAGGAUACUGUUUGCAAUCCCACGGCGGAUGCUGUCGCUGUCCUCAAAUCGGCAUGUUAGGUUCCGUUCCAGCAAUCCCGCACAUUCUAUUAAAGCCAUUGGAAGGUUUGUGGAUCCAAUUGAGAACGACGUUAUGUAUGAUCCGGGACAGCUCUUCAUCCACAAAACUUUUGCUUACAAAGGGGUAGUUGUGUGCGCCUUCAAAUGCAGAUUUCAAGAGAAGAAAAACAAUUCUAGUGACCGAUCUGUAUCACAAGGUAGAUACUACCAGGUGCUUAUUGAUAGGGGCGAUUGGGGUCAUAUGGGAUUCCCCGUCGAUUUAACUUCGUAUUUGAUGGACGGCACUACUCGUGGUGAGAAGCUUCUCACAUUGAUCAAUGGGAUGGACUGUGUAUCACACUAUGAUAUCCUUCCAUUCACCACUUCUGAACGAGACCCACUAGAUCAUGACCUGUUUCACAGGAUAUUUGACGUUACCGACGAAGGUAAAGAAUUCAAGAUAACCAUGAAGGCAAAUCUUUUCGAAAACUACAUGGCCUCGCAAAGGUCCUGGCUUGCACCAAGAGAUGUAUACCGGGAAGUGACAGAAAAUAUUGAAGUGACUGUGACUACCUUCUAUCUUGGCAGCAGCAUGGUUAAUGGACAAUUGAGGCAUAUGUGGCGAUAUGUAAUCAGGCUUGAAAAUCGCACACCGCAAGAUGCCGUCAUACUGAGGGAACGUUCACUGAAAGUGUAUUCGCUCAAUAAUAUGAAUCAAGCACAUGGACAUGGUGUGAUUGGCAAGCAACCGGAACUAAACACCCAAAGUCCAGCCUUUCAAUUUAGCAGCACUGUUGAGCUGGCUCACUCCAAAGGCGGGCACAUGUGGGGUCGCUUCAGAAUGGAACGAGAAAAUGGCCAGACGUUUGACGUUGCUAUACCGACAGUGGUGCUUGAGUCUUUUGAUGAGAAAAGCACAGGAAACAUGGAGAAAACUGCGGAAUGACUGGAAGAUUCCUACAGAUUUUUUUUACUUAGUCCAUAGAUUGCUACGUAGAAACUCACUGGUAGAUAAGCUUGAGGGACAAAAUAAAUGCAUUGCUGGAAGACAACAUUCUUUUGCUCUGUAUUUAGACGGGUUUAGACAGCUGUAGGCAAUUGUUCUGUGAGUCAAAGGUCCUUCGUAUAAUUUAUUCUAAACUUUCUUAGAUCUGCGCUGUUUGUAAACUUGUCCCUCUUUUCGAAGAGUUCGUCAAAAGAGCUUAGGAUAAAUUAUAUUAUGUUAUCAUUACCAUGUGCAUUUUAGUGAAUGCAAUCGAAAAUGCUUUUGUUAUGAAAGAAAAGAUUAAAUGUCUCGAUUAUCUCUUGGACAAUAAAGUUGUUUAGACCUG